GUGUUUGUGAGCGUGACUGGGUUUUAUCUGUGCACAGGGUCUGGGUCUGCUGAUAAAUCUGGCGGAGUACAGUGCCAGAAACAGACACUGUCUUGUGGAGAUGGAGGUGGACUUAAGCUACUUGAUGGAGAUGGAGGUAGAUGUGAAGACCGAAGGAGUGGAGGAGAGUAAGAUGGAUAAACAAAAAGAGGAUAAAAGAGAGGGCGAGAAGGGACCCAUGACAGCAAAGUCGUCAAACGCGCUGGCCGCUCUGGUUCAGCUCUUUCUUGAACGGGAGCGAGCAGCAGUGCUAGCUGAGGCACAGACCGAUGACCUCAUAAGUGAGGCGCCCAAAUCUCAGGCAGACCAGAGUGGAGAGUGGAAGGAAACAUCUGGAGAGAUCCAGUGGGUCGCCUCAGAAACCAACGAAACCAACGAAACAAAUGACAAGAAGAAGAGGAGGAAGAGGAGCUCGACCUGAAUAAAG